CUUGUGUCGCAGCAAAGAAGGAGGAGGAGGAGGGGUGGGACUCCAGUCGGAUCGCAGCCGGCAGCGGCGAGAGAGGCUGGGCCCGAGGCUCGGCGGGCUCCCCAGCCUCUGUGUGGGGCGCUUCGGAGGCCGUUAACCCCCUCAGGGAGGUCCGGGCCGCCGGCAGCGAGCCGCGCCCGGGCGGUUACCAAGGGCCUGUCCCGUCAACGGGGCUAGUUGCUAGGGCCUCCAUCUUGAGGCCGACGGCCGCGGCGUCCCCGGAAGGGGUUGCCGAGCGGGGCAUUCACUUCCGGUCUGGGGCCUGCGGCGGCGGCGGUGGCGGCGGCGGCGGCAGCGGGUCGGUGUAGAAAAUGGCGCUGGUGCAGCGGCUCGGGCCUCUCCCCGCGGCGCUGCGGAGGGCUUGAGGCUCGCGAGCCUCACUCGCCGCGCCCCACUUGCUCGUGCACUUUACACACAUGAGAGAAUUGGAAGCUAAAGCUACCAAAGACGUAGAAAGGAAUCUUAACAGGGAUUUAGUGCAAGACGAAGAACAGUUGAUGGAAGAAAAGAAAAAGAAAAAAGACGACAAGAAAAAGAAGGAAGCUGCUCAAAAGAAGGCCACUGAACAAAAAAUCAAAGUGCCAGAACAGAUAAAGCCCAGUGUAAGCCAGCCUCAGCCUGCCAACUCUAAUAACGGCACUUCCACAGCAACCAGCACUAAUAAUAAUGCCAAGCGAGCCACAGCCAACAAUCCGCAGCCGCCGCAGCAGCCGCCACAGCCGCCACAGCAGCCGCAGCCGCCGCAGCCGCCGCAGCCGCAGCCACCACAGGCCUUGCCUCGGUAUCCUCGGGAAGUACCGCCGCGAUUUCGCCACCAGGAACACAAACAGCUGCUAAAGAGGGGUCAGCAUUUUCCUGUCAUAGCAGCAAACCUGGGAUCUGCUGUUAAAGUGUUAAGCAGCCAGUCAGAAAGCAGUGCUUUAACAAACCAACAGCCACAAAAUAACGGAGAGGUGCAGAACAGCAAAAACCAGUCAGAUCUAAACCACAAUACUUCAGGAUCCCAUUAUGAAAAUUCGCAGUGGGGACCUGUGUCUUCUCCGAGUGACUCCAGCACAAAUUGUAAGAAUGCUGUUGUGAACGACUCCCCUGAAAAAGCAGCAUGGCCCUCAGUCCCUGGCAGUGAUCCAGAGUUGGCUUCAGAAUGUAUGGAUGCUGAUUCUGUCUCCAGUUCUGAAUCAGAGAGAAACAUCACUAUCAUGGCUUCAGGGAACACAGGUGGUGAAAAAGAUGGCCUUCGGAAUAGCACUGGACUUGGUUCCCAAAACAAGUUUGUGGUUGGUAGCAGCAGCACUAGCGUUGGCCCCGGAAGCAGUCCUGGGCCGUGGGCUUUUCCCCAUGGAGCCGUAAUAAGCACAUGUCAGGGCUCUGUGGAUGCUCCUGAAAGCAAGACGGAAAGCAGCAACAGUAGAAUGAAUGCUUGGGGCACUGUAAGUUCUUCAUCAAAUGGAGGGUUAAAUCCAAGCACUUUGAAUCCAGCUAGCAACCAUGGUGCCUGGCCAGUAUUAGAAAACAACGGACUUGCCCUAAAAGGGCCUAUAGGGAGCGGUAGUUCCGGCAUCAAUAUUCAGUGCAGUACCAUAGGCCAGAUGCCUAACAAUCAGAGUAUUAACUCUAAAGUGGGGGGUGCCUCCACCCACGGUACCUGGGGGAGCCUUCAGGAAACUUGUGAAUCUGAAGUCAGUGGUACGCAGAAGGUUUCAUUCAGUGGUCAACCUCAGAAUAUUACCACUGAAAUGACUGGACCAAAUAACACUACUAACUUUAUGACCUCUAGUUUACCAAACUCCGGUUCAGUACAGAAUAAUGAACUGCCUAGUAAUACAGGGGCCUGGCGUGUGAGCACAAUGAAUCCUCCUCAGAUACAGGCUCCGUCAGUUAUGAAUGGCACUUCCCUUUCUCACCUUAGCAAUGGAGAGUCAAAAAGUGGAGGCUCUUACGGUACUACGUGGGGUGCCUAUGGUUCUAAUUACUCUGGAGACAAAUGUUCAAGCCCUAACGGCCAAGCUAAUGGUGACACUGUGAAUGCAACUCUAAUGCAGCCUGGCAUAAAUGGGCCUGUGGGCACUAACUUUCAAGUUAACGCAAAUAAAGGAGGCGGCGUGUGGGAGUCUGGGGCAGUGGGUUCCCAGAGCGCGUCCUGGGGAAGCGGGAAUGGCGCCAGUUCUGGAGGAAGUCGAAGAGGAUGGGGAGCUCCCGCACAAAACACUGGCACUAACCUACCCGGCGUGGAAUGGAGCAAACUGCCUAGCAAUCAGCAUUCCAAUGACAGCGCAAACGGCAACGGUAAGAAGUUUACAAACGGAUGGAAAUCUACUGAGGAAGAGGAUCAGGGUUCUGCCACAUCUCAGACAAACGAGCAGAACAGUGUGUGGGCCAAAACAGGAGGUGCAGUGGACAGUGAAGGUAGUACAGAAAGCACUGGACGCCUCGAGGAGAAAGCAGCUGGGGAAAAUCAGAGUAGAGACAGGAGGAAAAUUGAUCAGCACACGUUACUCCAAAGCAUCGUGAACAGAACUGACUUGGAUCCACGUGUCCUCUCCAACUCUGGCUGGGGACAGACUCCGAUUAAGCAGAAUACUGCCUGGGACACCGAAACAUCACCUGGAGGGGAAAGGAAGACUGACAAUGGGACAGAGGCCUGGGGAGGCCCUGCCACACAGACUUUUAACUCAGGGGCGUGUGCAGAUAAGACUAGCCCUACUAGUAAUGAGACCUCAUCUGUAUCGGGGUGGGGGGAUCCCAAACCUGCUCUGCGGUGGGGAGAUCCCAAAGGCUCGAACUGCCAGGGGGGAUGGGAAGAUGAUUCUGCUGCUACAGGAACGGUCAAGAGCAAUCAGUGGGGGAACUGCAAAGACGAGAAGUCCGCGUGGAAUGAUUCGCAAAAGAGCAAACAGGGGUGGGGUGAUGGACAAAAGUCAAAUCAAGGGUGGGCCAUGUCUGCCAGCGAUAACUGGGGAGAGACGUCAAGGAGUAACCAUUGGGGUGAGGCUAAUAAGAAAUCUAGCUCAGGAGGUAGUGACAGUGACCGGUCCGUUUCCGGUUGGAACGAACUGGGUAAAACUAGUUCUUUUACUUGGGGAAAUAACAUAAAUCCAAAUAAUUCGUCAGGAUGGGAUGAAUCUUCUAAACCUAAUCCUUCCCAGGGAUGGGGAGAUCCUCCAAAGUCUAAUCAGUCUCUAGGUUGGGGAGAUUCGUCGAAGCCAGUCAGUUCUCCAGACUGGAACAAGCCACAAGACCUUGUCGGAUCCUGGGGGAUCCCGCCCGCUGCAGGCAAACCUCCUGGUACAGGUUGGCUGGGAGGACCCAUACCAGCCCCGACAAAGGAAGAAGAGCCCACGGGCUGGGAGGAGCCAUCCCCGGAGUCCAUACGUCGCAAAAUGGAGAUUGAUGACGGAACUUCGGCUUGGGGAGACCCAAGCAAGUACAACUACAAAAAUGUGAACAUGUGGAACAGAAACGUCCCAAACGGCAGUGGCCGUUCAGACCAGCAAGCACAGGUCCAGCAGCUGCUACCGUCUGCAAGUGCCAUCUCCAGCAAAGAGGCAGGCGGCAGCUCCGGCUGGGGUGAGCCCUGGGGGGAGCCUUCUACUCCAGCCACAACUGUGGAUAAUGGUACUUCAGCAUGGGGUAAGCCCAUAGACAGUGGUCCCAGCUGGGGGGAGCCCAUGGCUGCGACAUCCGGCACGUCCACGUGGGGCUCCGGCUCUGUUGGUCCUCAAGCAUUAAGCAAAUCUGGGCCAAAAUCUAUGCAAGAUGGCUGGUGUGGUGAUGAUAUGCCAUUGCCUGGAAAUCGCCCCACUGGCUGGGAAGAGGAAGAGGAUGUAGAGAUUGGAAUGUGGAAUAGUAAUUCAUCUCAAGAGCUUAACUCAUCUUUAAAUUGGCCACCAUAUACAAAGAAAAUGUCAUCGAAGGGUCUGAGUGGCAAAAAAAGGAGAAGGGAAAGGGGAACUGUGAAAGGUGGAAACAAACAAGAAGAAGCGUGGAUAAAUCCAUUCGUUAAGCAGUUUUCAAAUAUCAGUUUUUCGAGAGACUCACCAGAAGAAAACGUACAGAGCAAUAAGAUGGACCUUUCUGGAGGAAUGUUACAAGACAAACGAAUGGACAUAGAUAAACAUAGCCUAAAUAUUGGUGAUUACAAUCGAACGGUCGGGAAAGGCCCUGGUUCUCGGCCUCAGAUUUCCAAAGAGUCUUCCAUGGAGCGCAGCCCUUAUUUUGAUAAGGAUGGCAUUGUAGCAGAUGAAUCCCAAAACAUGCAGUUUAUGUCCAGUCAAAGCAUGAAGCUUCCCCCUUCAAAUAGUGCACUACCUAACCAGGCCCUUGGCUCCAUAGCAGGGCUGGGUAUGCAAAACUUGAAUUCUGUUAGACAGAAUGGCAAUCCCAGUAUGUUUGGUGUUGGAAACACAGCAGCACAAGCCCGGGGCCUGCAGCAGCCUCCAGCACAGCCUCUUAGUUCAUCUCAGCCUAAUCUCCGUGCUCAAGUGCCUCCUCCAUUACUCUCCCCUCAGGUUCCAGUUUCAUUGCUGAAGUACGCACCAAACAGCGGCGGCCUGAACCCGCUCUUCGGCCCUCAGCAGGUCGCCGUGCUGAACCAGCUAUCCCAACUAAACCAGCUUUCUCAGAUCUCCCAGUUACAGCGAUUGUUAGCGCAGCAGCAAAGGGCGCAGAGUCAGAGAAGCGUGCCUUCUGGGAACCGGCAGCAGCAAGACCAGCAGGGUCGACCUCUUAGUGUGCAGCAGCAAAUGAUGCAGCAGUCUCGCCAGCUGGACCCCGGCCUGUUGGUGAAGCAGCAGCCCCCGCCAGCUCCGCAGCAGCCCCUCCACCAGCCAGCCAUGAAACCUUUCCUUGAGAACGUCAUGCCCCACGCCACACCCGAGCUGCAGAAAGGGCCGUCACCGAUAAGCGCUUUCAGCAACUUCCCUAUAGGCUUGAACUCAAACUUGAAUGUAAAUAUGGACAUGAACAGUAUUAAAGAGCCACAGUCAAGACUGAGGAAGUGGACUACAGUGGACAGCAUUUCUGCGAGCACAUCUUUGGAUCAGAACCCCAGCAAACAUGGUGCUAUUUCAAGUGGUUUCCGGCUGGAAGAGUCUCCAUUUGUUCCCUAUGACUUUAUGAACAGCAGUACUUCUCCAGCCAGUCCUCCAGGUUCCAUAGGAGAUGGCUGGCCACGUGCCAAAUCGCCGAACGGCUCCAGCAGUGUUAACUGGCCACCAGAAUUUCGCCCUGGUGAACCAUGGAAAGGUUAUCCAAACAUUGACCCUGAAACUGACCCUUACGUCACUCCUGGCAGUGUCAUAAACAAUCUUUCAAUUAAUACUGUGCGGGAAGUUGACCACCUCAGGGACAGGAACAGUGGGUCAUCCUCAUCCUUGAACACCACGCUGCCUUCAACUAGUGCCUGGUCAUCCAUUCGUGCCUCCAACUACAACGUUCCCCUCAGCAGUACAGCACAAAGCACUUCAGCCAGAAAUAGUGAUUCCAAAUUGACAUGGUCUCCUGGUUCAGUUACAAACACCUCUCUGGCUCAUGAGCUGUGGAAGGUCCCUUUACCACCUAAAAACAUCACUGCUCCGUCCCGCCCACCUCCGGGACUGACUGGUCAGAAGCCACCCUUGUCUACGUGGGAUAACUCUCCCCUUCGUGUAGGUGGAGGAUGGGGAAAUUCUGACGCCAGGUAUACCCCAGGUUCCAGCUGGGGUGAGAGCAGCUCAGGGAGAAUAACAAAUUGGCUUGUUCUAAAGAACCUUACACCUCAGAUCGACGGCUCAACUCUGCGCACUCUGUGCAUGCAGCACGGCCCGCUGAUAACAUUCCACCUGAACCUCCCACAUGGAAACGCUUUGGUCCGUUACAGUUCAAAAGAAGAGGUAGUGAAGGCACAAAAGUCUCUGCACAUGUGUGUAUUGGGGAACACUACUAUUCUUGCUGAGUUUGCCAGUGAAGAGGAGAUCAGCCGUUUCUUUGCACAAAGUCAGUCUCUGACCCCUUCUCCCGGCUGGCAGUCUCUCGGGUCCAGCCAGACCCGGCUGGGCUCCCUCGACUGUUCGCACUCGUUCUCCAGCCGGACCGAUCUCAAUCACUGGAAUGGUGCUGGGCUGUCGGGAACGAGCUGUGGAGACCUUCACGGCACUUCACUCUGGGGGGCCCCCCAUUAUUCCACAAGCCUGUGGGGGCCUCCCAGCAGCAGCGACCCCCGGGGAAUGAGCAGCCCGUCCCCCAUUAAUGCUUUUCUUUCUGUUGACCACCUGGGUGGGGGUGGAGAGUCCAUGUAGCGCAUAGACACAGACUCACGAACUGUGACCUCAAGACGCGAAAGAAAGGAGCACUAAGUUGGGCUCGCCGCCUGCAGCCAGGGGCCACCUGUGGGAACAGCUAUUCUCUGCACAUUUUCCACUUUGUUUUCCCUGAAACAUAUCAGUUUGAAUACUUGAAUCAUGCAGGCCAAUAUUAUAAUGUGAAAAGGUAUCUAUUUACACUCCCAAAUAGCGCCAUACAUGCUGAACCGUGUAGAAUGAGCUCACUUGUGUACAGUCAUCAUGUUUAGCCUUUGGGUUUGUUUUCUCCUUUCCUGUUUCCCUCCCCAUCCCUCACCCCAUUUUCCUUUUCCUUCCCC